GGCUGAGGUGUCCGCGGCAAGGAUGGCUCUGCUUCUGCUGAGCCUGGGGCUGAGCCUGGUCGCAGCCCAGGAGUUCAAUCCCUGUACCGUCGUGCAGAGGAACUACAACAUGGCCAGGGUUUCGGGGGUCUGGUAUUCUAUUUUCAUGGCCUCAGAUGACCUGAAUCGGAUUAAAGAAAAUGGGGACCUGAGGGUCUUCGUCCGGAAUAUUGAACACUUGAAGAACGGCAGCCUAAAAUUUGAUUUCGAAUACAUGGUGCAGGGGGAGUGUGUGGCCGUGGUCGUGGUCUGUGAGAAGACAGAGAAGAAUGGGGAAUACUCCAUCAACUAUGAGGGCGAGAACACGGUGGCCGUCUCGGAGACUGACUACAGGCUGUUCAUCACCUUCCACCUCCAGAACUUCAGGAACGGGACCAAGACCCACGCGCUGGCGCUCUAUGCACGGCUCCCACAGCUGGAACCCUCCUUCCUGAGCAGAUUUGAAGAAACCUGCAGAAAGUACGGACUUGGCUCACAAAAUAUCGUCGACUUGACCAACAAAGAUCCCUGCUACUCCAAGCGUUAGAGGAGCCCGCCCAGGCCUCCCAUGCGACACUUGUCAUUGGAUUUAGGGCCCAUCUUCAUCCAGAAUGAUCUCCUCCUGUCAAGAUCCUUAACUUCACACCUGCAAAGACCCUUUCCCAUCAGACGCCCUUCACAGGCUCCAGGCACUAGGAGAGGAGCAUGUCCUUUGAGGGACACCACUCAGGCCACCACAGGCUCCUUCUCCGAGUUGCCCCUCCCUUCUCAGAAAUGGUCCC